UCGGUUCUGCGAAGGUUGGCUGUGUGUGUUCAGAUCCGCUGACACGCCCAUAAGGGGUUGAAGCGCCGGGCUUUACCGACCGCACUCGAGACGCCGCAAGAUAGCAGACAGAUUCCUGAGGUGCUUCUUAGUCCUUAAGUGAUCUUCGAGAUAGAUAGCAAGCUAAAAAGGAACGAAUAACGGGAUUUCCUCCUAUUGCAGACUGUCAGCUGAGGAGGCUAUUGGAGGCGAGCGGUGAACACGAGCCAGUAUGCAGAAUCUAAGGUUGCUCAUCUUAAGCGUGCUGUUUUAUUCAGCAUUCUCUGCAACUCUGAAAGCCCAAGAGAAUUCGCGGACUCUGUUUUCUAGGGAAGAUUUCUCCAUCCUUGUGCCAGCCGAUGGAGCUGACGUGACGUUCAGGUCUUCGGUUGUCCAAGGUCAUGAGAAGACUCUGAUGAUUUCUGGAAAGGUGGUGGAUCCCCGUGCCAAACUCAACUCUGCUUCGAGCCACCUGAUCCUGGAGAAUGUUGGAGAAAGUGAUGAAGGAGUCUACACCAUCACAUCUAACCAAAAUCCAGAGGACGUUACACGCAUCACACUCUAUGUUAGAGAUUGCUCUAAUGAGGAAAUCAUUAAUUACGGCUUAGAUUUUCAUGUAUUGCUGCAAAAUAUCUCGGAGCUGGUGCGUGUGGGCUUUCGCAAUAGCACCGUGGAGGCCAAUCAGACGUCAUUGCCAGCCGUUGAACUGCUGAAUGCUGAUGGAACGCUCAAGGAGAAUUACCAGGACCGCGCUGAGAUCACUCCUCAAAAGUUCACUUUGCGUGCCGUUACAGGGGCUGAUGAAGGCAGUUACACUAUUAGUGAUUCCAUUGGGAAAGUUCAGAAGAAGAUCUGCCUGAACGUGAAAGCACAUCAGAUAUUUGCGACCCUUUCAUCCGGUGGCACUCUAAAAAUCGACCUGCACAUGAAUAGCUCUUUAGCUCGCCUUCUGUACUUCCCUCAGUCAGAUAAACAUAAGUAUUUGAUUAUGGAUAACGGAGAGCUCAGCCUGCCUCCUAACGUGGAUCUUGAGGGUCGUCUGUCUUUGGAGGAUUCUUUGUGUCUUCUGACGGAUGUGAGGGCCAGCGAUGCUGGAGUUUUCACUGUGACUGACCAUCAGGGAUUCCUGGUGUCUGAUGUCCACCUGGAGAUAAUACCGUACAGGCUUCCGAAACUCUACAUUGUCAUCAUUUCUCUGGUUGCGCUGUUGGUGUUGCUGCUGUUGGUGUGCUUGGUGUCAUGUUUGGUGAAAAUACGCAAACGUGCAGCAAAGGCCAGAGCUAUUGAGGAGAAAGCCCAGAAUGCAGGCAAAGUGGAGGGAGAUGCCUUCAGACAGGUUGUCAAAGAUGCAUGUACCCAUCAGAAUGAGGAAGCCCCGGCCCUGUCACAGAAAGAAGACAUCACUGAGAAAUCACAGAGCACAGAGGUCAGCAUUAAGGGUUUGGAGGUAUCUACUAAAGACCCAAGUCUUCAAGAGAGGAACAUGGAGACCAGUGACUCUGGAGUGGGAUUCAAUACCACUGGGCUCCCCCUUGACAGUGACACUGAUGCCCCAACAGCUGCCAUGGCAGAUUCUGAUGUCUUGAGUUCCUCUGCUGCCCCUGAUGUCAAAGCCGUUCCCAGUCAAGCUCCAGAGUCAAAGACAGCCCCCUCACCUCCAAAACCAUCACCAACCACUGAUCUGAAACCAGCACCUGUGGCCAAGUCGACUGCUCCUCCACCACCUUCUCCCGAACCCAAACCACCAGUAACGCCUGAACCUGAACCCAAGCCUGCGGUCACACCAACACCUGAACCCAAACCCGCCGCUACACCUGAACCAAAAAUGACCAUCUCACCACCACCUGAAACAAAACCGACCUUAAGCCCAUCACCAGAACCCAAGCACCCUGUGACACCUGAACCGAAACCAACAACUGAAGUUAAACCAAUUCCAAGUCCAACCCCUGAACCUCCAAAAGCAGUAACACCAACUCCUGAUGCCAAACCAGCAGUUUCACCUUCUCCUGAACCCACUCCAGAGAAAGCUGGCACCCCUGAACAGAAACCCGCUGCGAGCCCAACACCUGAUCCCAAGACUCCGGAUCCUAAAGUGGUUUCUCCUGAGCCUAAACCAAGUUCACCUACUCCACAGUCUAAACCACCAGUCCAACAGAUUCUCGACUCAAAACCAACCACAAAUGGUACCCCUGAAUCCAAGGCUGACAUCAUGUCAGAGCCAAGUGCACCCAUAUCUCCUGGGCUGGAUGUGAAGGGCAUCACCCCUCCCAAAACCCCUGAUACUGGGAAAAGCUCAGUUAAAACUCCUGAGCUCAUCUCCAGUGGAGGUCUAGACUCGGCUGCCCCCAACGAAAGUGCACCACCUUCAAGCACUGAUGGAGCUGCCACCAACUGAGAUUAAAACCAUAGCCCUGUUCCUGCCUCCUCCUAGUGUAUUAACCACCACAGACAAUCCAGACACUAGACUAAACAACAAAGAAGAGCUAAAUGACUUUCUAAGGGGGUGGGUUACUCAGUCUUUUGAGUCUCACUUUUAAUACCAUUAACAUGCAUCAAUAGAAAGAUCCACUGUAAACCCACUCAGUUUACUAAUAUGUAAUCACCCUGUAGCAGAGUUCGAGAGAAGAAUCAUUUCCAAGCUUACACCUCUGGCUAAUCUAAUACAGAAUGAGGGAGGCUGUCUGGGAUAUUCCAAGAAAGUGUACAAAGACAAAUCUCCCUUCACAGAAAUGAUACAUCACUGCAUGAAGAUAUUGAGAAAAUAAAUUAUAUUAUCGGUUCCGUAAUCCAAGUUAUUGUGGUUGAAUUUGGGGAAAGGCACACAGGAACAUGGGACAUUAAUCAUUUUCAUUCUUUAUGAGAUCAUUUCUGCUCCAUUUCGACCAGUUGGAGAUCCAAAUAUCUUGACUGAUACUGUCAGAGGACUUGAAAAGUGGAAAAAUCAUGUAUCACUUGGACCCAUGCAAUUCAACGUGUCAUUUUGACAAGUGAGACGAAUGAGAAAACUACAGAAGUGCAAAGCAGAAGGAAGAAAUACCAUUUGACCAAAAAAAAGAAUAAAUCCUUCAUAGACUAAUCUGUGACUCUGUGCCUGGAGGACAUUUUUGAGAAUCUUCUUCUAUCAAUCCAACCUAUGGAUGUUCUUGUCCAGAGGUGUGACACGUGCACAUUUCCUGUUCAGUCAAUAACAAAAAAAAAAUAUUGCUUGAAGUAAAAAAAAUAGUUUAAACAUUUCUGUAAUCUUGGCAACAGUAUAUGUAAACAGGUUUGCUUCUUUGAGUGAGCUGUGUCUGAUUAAUCUAAAUAGUGAGGCUGUCAACUCUUUCUGGUGCAUUGUGAUUGGAAUGAAUUGAUCUUUGCACCAUUUUGGUGCUUCACAGAAGCAAUUAUGCAAAUCAGGUGAAGUGGAAAAUGCGACAAAAUAUUGAACGAGGGCUCAGUUGUGAAGGCUGCAGCAGACUACUGCAAUAUGCUGUACUUUUACUGACACGUGACAGAAUCUCUCCACCACUGCGAUACAAAUACCUGAAUUGGCUUUCUAAAUUGUAAAAAAAAGUUAUCAAUUGCACACAUUUGAUGAAUUAAUCCCAUAAUCAAAAAUUUACUCAACAACGACAAAUUACUGAAAAAUUAGGUGCGUUUGGGUUGAAAAUGCAGUGAUUGCAGGUGGAGCUAGAAGAGAAGUAACCCCAGAAUGUCUUCUUUAGUUAAAUUUGCUUGAGGAGCAAGUGGACAUGGUUUGUAAGAAGAUCUAGAUUGUUUGUGUUGCUACAAUGUUCCACAAAUAAUUUUGGAUUUAUAGUCAUGGUUGUAAGACAAUACAGUCUCACAUAUCAGUUUACAUAUAUUCCUGGUGCCUCCGGUAGAACCUGAACACCACUGCCUGUUAAUGUUGCAUGAGACCAGGAACCCGCUCCUACCACACUAUCUGUGGGAGCUGAUGUUAAAUCACAGUGAGUAGUGGGGAUGGUAGCUAACUCCAUAUUUGUAACAACGUCUUAAAGUGUGGGCAGAUCUGACAGAGCGGAGGUUUGUGGUUAGAUUGUCUAACUGAAGAUGAUCACUACCUCACAUUUAAGCCUGACUAAAGUACUAAACCACUAAUUAAACAACAUUACAAUGUAUGUUGACAUUAAAUAAAGAAGUCGAUUUCUGGCAAAGCACAAGGUUUGAAAUGCAAUCAAAGGUUUAUAAAACUCAUUCAGAUAUUUGGCAAUGCCUUUCCCACAAACCUCUGAAAAUGGCCUUGUUCUUUCUCAGCCUUUAACAGCUGUUUUAAUAUCAGUGCAAGGAAAAGUCACUUGAAACCCAUAUAGUCUUAGUGUCAUAUCUCAUUAUGUAAAUAUCACAAACCCUAGAUGCCAUAACCAUAGGAGCACUGUAGCAUUAAAAUGUAAAAUUAUGAUAUAUCCAUGACACAACAAAAUGUGAUACACAUAAAAAAAUCUGACUCGGAAUGGCUUAUGAGCAAACCUGAACCAUAUUUUGCGAUGUCAAAGAUGCACUCAGUAAUUUUUGUGUGUUGCACUGGUCGAUUAGACACUGGUCUCGGACCUUCACUGACACCCAGUGAUGUGGAGGUAGAAUAAUGUGAAACCAAUAGUUUUAGGUUAACAAUACCAUUGUAGAAAUGCUCUGCAGUCAGCUGUGAUCAGUUUAUAAUGAAUGAAAGUGUCUAAUAAUAAGAGUGUCUUCGAGAUAAAGAGAUAACACAGUAUUCAGGUAUUCAUGUGAUUUCAACACGGCGGCACCUGUGAGAUGACCCACUCCAUGUAAAAUAACACAGCUGUUUGGGCGGAUAUUAAAACAUAUUUCAGAAGUGUUAUUAAUUUAUUUAGCAGUAAAACUAAAAUGAAAAAAAUACUGAGGCUACCUUUAAAGUUACCCCCUGUAUUGUGAGGCUCUGUAGUUUGGUCUUCAAGUUCCAGAAUCUUUAGUUUCUCACAAUGAUUCACAGGCAGGCAGACAGGAGAAGAUUUAUACAGUACAAAACCUAUGAACCUAGAGUAGCGUAACUGUUAUGCUCCCUUCAGUUAAUCCCAUUGGCAGUUAAGCAUGAGCUUGAUUUCACAUCCUCUUACAUUCAUCUCCAGUAAAUGAUUUCACUCUUAAGUGCGUCCCGGUAAUGCACAUUACACAUGUUUCCAGGCAAAAUCAAUAUUCCUCUGAUCACUCCCUGAAUCAUCACAGUGUCUUAUCGUGGUUAAGAUAUCCGCUUCCCUUCAGGACACUGCCACUGAUAUAACUCUUGUAUCAUGACAUGAUUACGGUCUGUUUUUCUAUUUUGUGUGUUGAUGCUUGUGUUGUACAGUAUGUAUGUGGGUGCAAUUUGGUAUUUAUGAAGAGAGAUUAUAGAUGUUAUUCAUUAUUGGCAACAUCAGGCCUGUAUGUGUUUGUACAAGUGCAUGUGAGUAUGUUUGUGUGUGUCAGUGUGUUUAGAAAGAAACUCCAUUGGAUAGCUGUCAUUUCAAUGCAAUUAGCCAUGUCCUUUUUCUCCCCGGCUGACUGGUAAUUGCUGUUCCUUUUUAAGUAGUAUUAAAUUCAGAUUCAAUUUAAGGGAGUACACAGUGCGAGAUUUCUAUCAGAACGGACUCUGUCUAGUGGUACCCGACUGCUAUCUGUUUUGAUGCCAAGAUAGCUGUGUUACACGUCACUUUGAUUUAGUCGGCACUCAAGGCUACACCAAUGGAAUAGUAAAUCAGUUUAUAUAGCACUUUUCCCUUGCUCAAAGCGCUUUAAAAAGUUCAGACACUGAAGUAACGAUGCAUCGUCAUUCCAGUCUGUCAUUGCAUGCUUCCAUAGUGUCCGUCUGUGCUAGUGUGGUCAUGCAUAUGUAGGAGGUAGUGUGUAGACGUCUAAAAGUACUCAGAUUUUCAUGUAUCGCACGGCUCUGCAAGUCUCUGAUUGGAUAAUUCCUUUGCGUAAAACAUUCCUGCUGUGGAUGUCACUGAAAAUGUUGCAUUCUUUGUGUCACCCUAUAUCUUUCCAUUCCAUUGGUAAGACCUGAUUGGCUGAAAACAUUCUAAAGGGCAUUAAAGGGGGAGUUCAUCCAAAAGAGAAAAUUAUUAAAAACUAAAACUAAUUUUUGCCACUGUCUUUCAUAAUAUGGAGAAAAAAAAUUGAAACUGAAAGAAAGUCUUACAGGUUUGAAACAACAUGAGGGUGAGUAAACAAAACACUUUUCACUUUUGGAUGAACCCUUCCCUUUAAUCAAAACUCAGAAUUCAGUGGGUGUGGAAUUAUCUCUCAAGAGUAAGGAAAAUGAGCGGCGAGAAUGUAUAGAGUAUGAGAAGCCCAAGUAUCCUGUGGUGUUGUGUGUGUUUUGCGUAAACUGGACGUGCAGUUGUGUACCACAGGUGCAUGCAUGAGAGGUUUCUGCCUCUCUUUUCCUCUCCUUAUUCCACCCGAGUGAUGCUCUACAGUUUAUGAGUCCCUUUUUGCACAAACACAACACAUAAACAUUUUGUAAAAGUGAUACUUCCUUUAUUUCAUGCCUACAAAUGAUAAUAAAUGAUUUUAAAAUGU